AUGUGGGAGUGGAAUGUCACACAUGGAGAAUGCCGGUAUGGAGACAGGUGUAAUGCAUCCUUAUGUCUGCCAGAUGCAAAGGUGUUUCGCCAUGGCGACCGGGCCCCACUGGCCUCCUACCCCACAGACCCACACAAGGAAGCUGCCUCUACCUUGUGGCCUCGAGGCCUGGGCCAGCUGACCAAGGAGGGGAUCCGCCAGCAGCUGGAGCUGGGCCGAUUUCUGAGGAGGCGUUACAAGGCCUUCUUGAGUCCAGAGUACAGGCGUGAAGAGGUGUACAUCCGCAGCACAGACUUUGACCGGACCCUGGAGAGCGCACAGGCCAACCUGGCCGGGCUGUUCCCCGAGGCUGCCCCUGGAAGUCCUGAGGCCGACUGGAAGCCCAUUCCAGUGCACACAGUGCCUGUGUCUGAGGACAAGUUGCUGAGAUUCCCCAUGCGCAGCUGCCCUCGAUACCAUGAGCUUCUGCGGGAGUCCACAGAGGCAGCCGACUACCAGGAGGCCCUGGAGGGCUGGACGGACUUCCUGACCCGCCUGGGCAACUUCACUGGGCUGUCACUGGUUGGAGAGCCUCUCCGCAGAGCAUGGAAAGUUCUGGACACACUGAUCUGCCAGCGUGCCCAUGGUCUCUCCCUUCCGUCCUGGGCCUCCCCAGACGUCCUGAGGACCCUGUCACAGAUUUCAGCUCUGGAUAUCAGGGCACACGUGGGGCCACCCAGAGCAGCAGAAAAGGCCCAGCUGACAGGGGGGAUUCUGCUGGAUGCCAUCCUCAGCAAUUUCUCCCGGGCCCAGCGCCUGGGGCUGCCCCUCAAGAUGGUCAUGUACUCAGCUCAUGACAGCACCCUGCUGGCCCUCCAGGGGGCCCUGGGCCUCUACGAUGGCAACACCCCACCUUAUGCUGCCUGUAUGGCCUUUGAAUUCCGGGGGAGCUCCAGGGACCCUGAGGAAGACGACGGAGAGAAUGUCACCAUCUCUCUCAUCUAUCGAAAUGACACCUCCCGCCCACCAAUGCCGCUCAGGGUCCCUGGGUGCCCAGCUCCCUGUCCGCUUGGGCGCUUCCAGCAGCUGACUGCUCCAGCCAGGCCUCCAGCUCAUGGGGCCCCCUGCCAUGGUUCCCACGAACCUACCAGCCCCCCAGGUGACAGCCCUCUGCACAGGGGUGGGAGUGGGGAGUCCCCAAGACCUGGGAUUCACAACCCCCAUGUUCUUCCUGCAGCCACAGUGCCCCUGCUGGCCGGAGCUGUGGCAGUGCUGGCUGUGCUGAGCUUGGGGCUUGGCCUACUGGCCUGGAGGCCCAGCUGCCUGAGGGCCCUGGGAGGGGCCAUAUGAGGGGGGGAGAUGGAUAGACACAAAGCACCCC